AUAUAAUAAGCGCUAGAAAUCUCGAAGAAUCUCGUUGCAAUAUAGGAUUCUGUUUUCAGCAACUUCAGGCAAAAUAAAUGCUAACUACAUUUAACGUUACGAUGAAAACGCUUUUAAAUUUAAAAAAAACAUGUGUAAACGUUAAAAUUAUUUUCUUUUAAUCUUAUUAUAUAAUUAAAAUAAAAUAAAGGAAGUAAUAUUUUCUGGGUAAUAUAUGAAUAUAGUAAAAAAAAUGUAGUAAAAAAGUUAACGGUGAUGCAAUGUUUAUUAAUUAAAAUUGUUCAUACAGCAGUAUUAUAAUAGUGCAAUAGGAACAAUCCAAAAAUAAUACAUUUGGUGUUAUAUUAUAAAUGGCCCUAUUAUUUACAAGCAUGUGGGAUUCAACAAUGUUUUUGAGCACCUUAACCCCAAAAUUUUAUGUUGCACUCACUGGAACGUCAUCCUUAAUUUCUGGAUUGAUUCUGAUUUUUGAAUGGUGGUAUUUUAGAAAAUAUGGUACAUCUUUUAUUGAACAAGUGUCUUUAAAUCAUAUUUCACCAUGGAUUGGUGGAGGUGACAGUGGAUCAGAUGGAAAUAAUUCAAGUUUAAAUGGUUCAAAUUCAAAUCAACAAAAUGUUCCAGAAUGUAAAGUUUGGCGGAAUCCAAUAAAUUUAUUUAGAGGGGCAGAAUAUCAAAGAUUUUAUUGGGCUACAAAUAAAGAACCAUUAACAUAUUAUGAUAUGAACUUAUCUGCUCAAGAUCACCAAACAUUUUUUACCUGUGAAGGUGACACAGGUAAAGCUGAAUAUGAAAUUAUGCAAACUGCAUGGAGAGAACGUAAUCCAGUAGUUCGAAUAAAAGCUGCACACAGUGCUCUUGAACGUAAUCCUGAUUGUGCACCUGCAUAUAUUUUACUUGCUGAAGAAGAAGCUACCACUAUUGUAGAAGCAGAAAAAAUUUUAAAACAAGCCUUAAAAGUAGCAGAAAAUAAUUAUAGAAAAUCUCAAAGUACUCAACAUCAAGGAGCCAUUGCAGAAGCAAUACACAGAAGAGAUACAAAUGUAUUAAUAUAUGUUAAACGAAGAUUAGCUAUGUGUGCAAGAAAAUUGGGGAAAUUAAAAGAAGCAGUAAAAAUGUUUAGAGAUUUGACAAAGGAAGUUCCACCAAUUAUGAAUGUGCUAAACAUUCAUGAAAAUUUAAUUGAAGCUUUAUUAGAAAUGCAAGCAUAUGCAGAUGUUCAAGCAGUAUUAGCAAAAUAUGAUGAUAUUAGUUUACCAAAAUCUGCAACUAUUUGUUAUACAGCUGCAUUAUUGAAAGCGCGAGUAGUUGCAGAUAAAUUUUCAACAGAUAUUGCUAGCAAAAGAGGUUUAACUACUCCAGAAAUGAUUGCAGUUGAAGCUAUUCAUAGGGCAGUUGAAUUUAAUCCUCAUGUACCUAAAUAUUUAUUAGAAAUGAAACCAUUAAUUUUACCUCCAGAACAUGUAUUAAAAAGAGGAGAUUCAGAAGCAAUUGCAUAUGCAUUUUUUCAUCUUGCUCAUUGGAAGCAAAUGGAGGGUGCUCUUAAUUUAUUACAUUGUACAUGGGAAGGUACUUUUAGAAUGUUGCCUUAUCCUUUAGAACGAGGACAUUUGUUUUAUCCAUAUCCAACUUGCACAGAAUGUGCAGAUCGUGAAUUGCUACCAUCAUUUCACGAUGUUAGCGUUUACCCUAAAAAGGAGUUACCGUUUUUUAUUUUGUUUACAGCGGGUUUAUGCUCCUUUACAGCACUCUUAGCUCUCUUAACGCAUCAAUAUCCUGAUACUAUGGGUGUAGUCGCACGAUCGAUGCUUGCCUGGUUUUCUCAUCCAUUUUAUUACAUUUUAGACAAAUUAGAAGCAAUUUUACCUUCUAAUUUAUUACAACAGCUUUCUAGAAUAUAAAACAGUCUAAGAUCUCUGAUCAUUAGACUGCGAAUGUUUAUAUAAACGUAUAUCUUU